AUGAAAUGUGAUUUUUGUGAAGAGACUACACCAUUGAUUGGUAAGAAUACAUGUGUUAUAGAGUUAGAAAUCAUGCGUCAUUCUUUGUUCUUGAAAUACUCACAAUCAUAGAAUUACCAUUAUACUAAGGGGAUAACAGAGAUCUUACACAAUCAUCGUACAACCAACAAUAUACUUUACAAAGAUGUGAUAAUGUAUGAUACACCUGAAGAAUUAAUUUGCAAAAUCUAUUAAUCUGAAAUAGUCUCUGAAAAAUUGUAAAUGUUGGGUGAGUACUACAAAGUACUAUUUUAAUCUUCUACACUAGUUCCAUAACGAUAUACCUCGAUUAUUUAUGCUUCCAGCCAUUAUUCCAUUAAAUUAUUACCAUGAUAAGAAGAGAAGAUUAGAGUACUUUCGCAUUGCCAAGUUGAUAGCUUAAGAGAAUAAGAAUAAUCCUGAUAAACCACCAAAAGGAAUAGUAGGUGAUUCCCCAAUGCCAUAAUCCAGCCAAUAAGUUACUGCUUAAGAACCUAGCUCCUCAGACGAAGUAAGACAGAACACACUCAACUUAGUUGAUGUCUAAAUGUGACAAGAUCCUUGAUGGCAUAAGUAUCAUUGACCCUAAACCACAAUUUGUUAACUUCAAGUAAUAGCUCCACCAAUAUAAACUUAUGUAAUCUACCAAUCCUAACUUUAAAUACGAAAACUACUAACCUCCAUAACAAUUAUUUAUUUCAUAAAACAAACCACUCCUAAAUCAUCGAAAAUCAAGUAUAACAAGUAUACUUAAUAUGCUCAAGACAUCUAUUCCUAAAACAGUUCCUAAAAAGAAAAAUCUAUCCUUAAAAUCUGAUCAAUUACAUAUUGUAAACUCUUCAAAUUUUUAAUCUAGACUCCUCGUGAUGUCGAAUUUAAAUCUUCAAAUAAUCGUACCUUACUACCAAAUCAAUAAAGAAUUGCCACUCUCUUAAAAUCACCUAAAUGUGUUACACCAAGAGCUCCUUAACAAAGUCCGCAUCUUCCAAAAAAAGUGUAAUAAUUAGAAUUAAAAGUCAUGUCUGAUCUUUAGACACUUUAAGUCAAAAAAUUAGUAAGAGAUUCCAAGCAAUAUUGCACUGUUCAUUUUGACAGUUUAUCUUUAUUAUAAGAUCCUCGUAGUCUUACUUAAAGAUAUGAAAUAACAAAUCGUCUAAAGGGAUAAUUAUCUAGAAAAAAAUUAAACAUAAAAGAAUUAAAUCAAUUUAGAAGAGCGAAAAUUUAAGAGCCUUUAUCAAAUCGAGAACCUAGCAGAAAAAUCAAUAUAAAAUCAAAAUCAAAUGAUAAACCAUUACAAAUAAAUACAAGUGGAGAAUAAAAGCUUAUGUAUUAUUAAUAAACACAAUCUGCAAGAUAAGUAACUAAUUCUUAAUAAUCAACAAUGCUUAAAUAGAGUAGUGGAUAAUCAUCAUCUUAGUAAAUGCAUCAUUAAAAAUCAGCUACUGCAAAAGGACUUGGAAAAUCUAUGAAAUAAUAAAGCUCUAUUGAUUCUUAACUGUAUAAGGUAGCACUUAAUUUGGCACUCAAAUCAGUUAGAAGCAGGAAAUAAUGA